UAAACAGCGCAACGUAGAGUACAGUUCCCGAUCCUUACCUUACGCCGCUUGCUUUUGUCUUCUUCUUCUUCUUCUUCCCUCUUCUUCUCUCUGUUUCACUGAAAUUACUCUUUUUCCCUUUCAACACUUUCUUCCAUUUUCUCCCUUUUUCAUUUUCAUCAUUACAUUUCUUCAUUUGAUUUUUCAUCAACAAUCUUCAAUCAAUCCUUGCGAUAAUCCAAUUCACAUACCUACGUCUUCUACCCAUUUCAUACUUUUUUUUUUUUACUCUCACCGGAUUUUCCGGGCGCCGGUUACCUCAUCGGAAUAUUCUUCUUCCCGGAAGGCGUUUCUUCCCUCUCUCUCCAUGUCUUCUUCUCUUCCAUGGUUCUUCUUCUUUUCUCUCUCCUUCACUUUUUCCGGUACGGUUGCCUCGGUUUCCGAUGCAAUGUCGCUUCUCAUGUUUAAGGGCUCGAUUUCGCUCGGCGGCUCUGAUGUUCUUAGUGGUUGGAAUUCGUCGGUUUCUCACUGUGAUUGGUUUGGAGUUACUUGCGAUGGUGAUACCGCUAGAGUUGUUGCGCUGAAUAUCAGUGGAAAUGGUGGUGUUUCUUUUCUGGCUGGGACGUUGAAUCCGGCGAUUGGAAAUCUUGUUGAGCUUCGUGUUUUGUCGCUUCCGAAUAAUUUGAUGUACGGGGAGAUUCCGGCGAGUGUUGGUAAGCUUCCGUCGCUGGAGGUUCUUGAGCUUCAGGGGAACAAUUUCUCUGGAGAGAUUCCGAAACAGAUAAGUUUACUUCCAUCUCUUCGCCUGCUUAAUUUGUCUGAUAACUCGUUUUCUGGUUCGAUUCCGAGUAAAUUGAUCGGUUCGACGAAGUUAGAAGCAAUUGAUUUGUCGUACAAUCAAUUAUCUGGUAGUAUUCAAGUUGUUGAUAACAGAUGUGGUGUUUUGAAUCAUUUGAGGCUUUCGCAUAACUUUCUGACUGAUAACAUUCCGGCGGAGAUUGGACAAUGUUGGAAACUCAGGACUCUGUUACUCGAUGGUAAUAUAUUAGAGGGGCAAAUUCCGGCUGAGAUCGGCCAAAUAUCAGAACUCAGAAUUCUUGAUGUUUCUAGGAAUAGCCUUACUGAUUCGAUUCCAAAAGAGCUUGGUAAUUGCCGGAAGUUAUCACAGAUCGUGUUGACGAAUUUGAACGAUAUCAAUCCCGACUAUGAUAGUUUAAGAGGGGAAUUCAACGCUUUCAAUGGAGGUAUUCCUUCUGAGUUGUUAUUACUUCCAAGUCUGCAAGUUUUAUGGGCACCGAGAGGGAAUUUUAAUGGCAAAUUGCCCAUUAAUUGGAGUUCUUCAUGCUCGCUUAGAGUUCUCAAUUUAGGGCAAAAUUACAUCACUGGUACAAUACCCGAAUCGAUUGGGAAAUGCGCGAAUCUAACUUACUUGGAUUUAUCUUCAAACAAGCUUCAAGGUAACCUCCCUUCCCAGCUUCGAGUUUCAUGUAUGGCGUAUUUCAAUGUUAGCCAAAACAAAAUUUCUGGUGUUCUUCCCAGAUUUGAGAAAGACGGUUUCUGUACGAACAUGAUUCCACACGAACCAGCUCCGAUGUUCUUAGAUCAGGAAGACGAUUGGAAUUAUUACUUCAAUUUUCCUGUUUGGGAUUUUCCUAGAUUAAAUGAUAAUCUCAUAGUUGCCCAUGAUUUUAGCUGGAAUAGGUUCAGUGGUUCAUUAACUUCAGUCAAAGUGGGAGAAGAGCUUUUGGCUGAUGGCCGCAAGUUCUCAUACAAACUGUUGCUUAAUAGCAACCAGUUCAAUGGAUCACUUCCUGUUGAGCUGGUCUCGAACUGUAACAAUAUGAAGGGCGUUUCGGUUAACUUGAGUUCAAACUUGCUAUCAGGUGAGAUUUCUGAUGCAUUUUUUCUCCAUUGUCAACAAAUGAUAGAGUUUGAGGCAGCAAACAAUGAAUUAGAUAACUCGAUUGGACCUCAAAUUGGUGACUUGCAGAUGCUUCUUCGUCUCGACUUGAGAGGGAAUCGAUUGUCUGGAGUUUUACCUGAUCAGUUGGGGAACUUGCAGAGUUUGAAAUGGAUGCUCUUGGGUGGAAACAAUUUGACUGGAGAGGUUCCAUCUCGACUUAGUCGAUUAACUUCUCUUGUGAGUUUAGAUCUUUCUCGAAACAUGUUUACAGGAGUUAUCCCUGAAAGCUUGUCAUAUGUUUCAAGACUUGAGAUUCUGUUGCUUGAUCAUAACAGGUUAACUGGGGAAAUACCAGCAUCUUUCUCUGCCCUUUCACAUCUCACUAAAUUGGAUGUCUCUUUUAACAACCUUUCUGGCCACAUUCCUCAUCUUCACCACACGUUUGACUGCAUUUACUUUGGUGGGAAUAAGUUUCUACAUCCAUGCCCAGAUUCAUACUCCGAUUCCCCAGCUGGACUUCCAGUUCCUCUCGAUGUUGAGAAGUGGAAGAGACGAAGAAAGUUUAUGUCCAUGAUAAUCGCUGUAGCUGCUUCCUCAACUCUAAUUUGCUUAUUCUUAGUGAUAGCUGUUAUCAUCAUUGUUAAGAGAAGGCUUGGUAAACAAAAUGGGUUAAAAAAGAAACAAGUAGUGACUUUCUCAGAUGCUCCUUCUGAUCUGAAUUAUGAUAAUGUGGUCCGAGCUACCGAAAAUUUCAGCCUUCGAUACCUUAUCGGUACAGGUGGCUUUGGAUCAACAUACAAGGCUGAACUGCCCUCAGGUUUCCUGGUUGCUGUAAAGAGACUGUCCAUUGGUAGGUUUCAAGGAGGCAUCCAACAAUUCGAUGCAGAGAUUCGAACAUUGGGAAGAAUACGACACAAAAACCUUGUAACACUUCUCGGGUACUACGUUGGAGAGGCUGAAAUGUUCUUAGUUUACAACUAUCUUUCUGGUGGGAAUCUUGAGACUUUCAUUCAUGAAAAUUCUUGCAAACACGUAAAGCACUCGGUGAUCCACAAGAUCACUUUGGACAUAGCAAGAGCUCUUGCAUACCUUCAUUACUCCUGUGAUCCCAGGAUUGUUCAUAGAGACAUCAAGCCUAGUAACAUCUUGCUUGAUGAAGACCACAAUACCUACAUAUCAGACUUUGGGUUGGCAAGGCUUCUUGAGGUUUCUGAGACUCAUGCCACAACAGAUGUGGCAGGAACAUUUGGAUAUGUUGCACCAGAAUAUGCUACAACUUGCCGCGUCUCGGAUAAGGCCGAUGUUUAUAGCUUUGGAGUUGUGCUACUAGAGUUGCUUUCUGGAAAAAGAUCGCUCGAUCGAUCCUUCUCCGACUUUGGGAACGGAUUUAACAUUGUUACAUGGGCAAAUAUGCUGAUCAAGGAAAGUCGUUUCUCUGAGCUUUUUACUCCUGAACUUUGGGAAAUGGGACCUAAGGAACACUUACUUGGUAUGUUAAAGCUUGCAUCUAAUUGCACCGUUGAAAUUCUCGCUCUUCGACCGUCGAUGAAGCAGGUCGUCGAGACACUGAAACAGUUGUAAAUUUUUUUUGGAUCACUGACCCUUCAAAUUGGUUGCUGACUCAACAUGCCUACAUUAUGACCAAUCGUACAUAUUGAGAUGAGUUCUUUUUCUCUCCUUUGUUUUAUAGUUAAUCCUAGAAUAUAGGAAUACUAACCUUGAGCACACUUUCUAGUAUUGCCAUGAGAAAACUGCAAAAUUUCACCCUUACUUACUAUAUAGCAUUUACUAUUUUACUCUCCAACUUCUAAUUACUUACCAUAGGAGAUCAUGAAGGAGGAGGAUCAAACCUCUGAUCUCGAGGUUAGUAGUACAUUCUAGUUGAGCUAUGUUUAUUCAAAAUUAGAAAUCAUUGUAACUAAAGCUUAUAAUUGUAAGGGUUUGAAAGAGUAGAUGAUCGAGUUGAGAGUUUUGAAUUACAAUUAUAAGUUUGUUAUGAGUU